UUAGUGAAAUCCACGCAUCCAUGGAGGCGGCGCUUCAUGAAGUUCAGUUCACUAAAGUGCCAGAGGUUACAGUUUCAGUCAGUCUAGAGCAGUCUGGCUUUGAUUCGACGCUUAACUCUUGAUUUUUGUGCACGGUUAGUUCUGUCGAUAGGAUUAACAUCUGAUUAGUAUCACGGGUUGUUUUGCGAGUAGUUUCGUCCCGGUGAUUUCAGUCCUGCUGCCACAUGAAAACAGUUCAUCGACGAGAAACGUAUCCUUCCCACUGGGCUGCACAGAGGAGAGGCAGACUGCCUUUACAUUGGUUUUAGGGUUUUAAGGUUUCUUUGGACAUAUGAGUUUUCUCAGAAAUGUUGAACCAAAACACAUACAUUGACAAGGACUUCCAAGCACCAGAUUAAAAAGAAGACGCAUCCAUAUCCUUGUAUUUGUCUACCUCUGUCUUCAUACAACCAAAGUCCAGUGUCAAAGUGUCAUGGCGUUUUUAAUGAAAAAGAAGUUCAAGUUUCAAACGCACUUCACUCUGGAGGAGCUCACGGCUGUGCCGUUUAUCAACGGGAUGCUCUUCUGCAAAUUCAGAUUGUUGGAUGGAGGAGACUUUUCCAUUUCUUCAUCCAGGCAAGAGGUACAGGAGAACUGUGUUCGCUGGCGAAAGAAGUUCUCCUUUGUGUGUAAGAUGAGUGCCAGUCCUACAACUGGGGUCCUUGACCCCUGCAUUUGCAGAGUGUCUGUGCGUAAGGAGCUUAAAGGUGGAAAGACAUUUUCAAAGCUGGGCUUUGCUGACCUCAACUUGGCAGAGUUUGCUGGUUCAGGCUCCACUGUUCGCUGCUGUAUACUGGAGGGCUACAACACGAAGAACACUCGGCAGGACAACUCCAUACUCAAGGUUACCAUUGGUAUGACUCUUCUCUCUGGAGAUCCCUGCUUUAAAACGCCUGUGAGCACAGUUAAGACAAUUGCCAUAGCCGGACAGGACCCUUCUCUGCAGCUGGACCGCAAGGGAGAGGGCACUGCUGAUCACUCUGUGCCAACUCUUGCUAGCAACUCUCGCCGAUCGCUCAAAAACAGACCUGUGAACAACUCUGGAGGCCUUCAGGAGGGGUUGGAGGAGAACCUGUGUAGUCCAGAAGAGGUUUUCCACACAGGACACUCGCGGAACUCUAGCUUUGCCAGCCAGCAGAGCAAAAUCUCAGGUGGGAUUCUGAGCACGAUCAAAACAACAUCAGGCUACAGCACAGAGUACUCACGCUCAUCCAGCCUGACGGAUCUCUCCCAGUACCGGUGCAACCCCUUAACCAGCAGCAGCAGCAACACAUCAGGAUGGACGGCUACAGUUAUUGAGAGCCCUGUAGUGUCUGAUAAAGAGCCUGUAAAACCAGAGAGGCCCCCACGUCCCCCUCGCCCUGCUCUGCCCCCAAACAGACUCCCAAGGAGAAAACAGGACUCUGUGGAGAGCCAGCCCUCCUGGGUGGAUGACACACGGAUUGAUGCAGAUGAUAUUGUAGAGAAGAUCGUCCAGAGUCAGAACUUUUCUGAUUUCAGCAACAAUGAAGACAGCAAUUUAACACUGUUCAUCAGUAGGGAUGGUACCACAGCUCUAAGUGGCAUUCAGCUGGUAAACAGGGUGUCUGCCGGUGUGUUUGAACCAGUGGUGAUUGAGAGCCAUUAGGUCUCUGGAGGGUCUCUGGAGGCACUGCCACGCUUUUUUUAUUUUAAAAUGAUGGCGAGAGUAAGACAGGAACUGUAUGUCAGACUGGGCAUCUGACUUCACAUCUUGAUUUUCCUUUCUUAUUUCAACUGAUUUUAAAACAGUGUACUCACAUAUUGCAACAUUAACACCCUAAUCAUGCAUUACAUUUGCUGAAAACAGUGGUGGGUGCUUUCUUUUAAAUAGAGUAGCUCUAUUUAAGAAUGAAUCUUCAUAAAUGUUUUACAGCUGAUUCUAUGAAUAUAAACUACUUGAUAUGCCUUAAGAAAAUGAGGCACGAUGGGAGCUUCAGUCUAACACUGUGAAAUAUAAUUUGAGUGGAGUCCCAAGGGUUUAGACUAAAAAUAUAUUGUUAUAUUAAAGCUAGUCUUUCAGAUCUUAUUUAAUUGUUUUAAUGUGGAAUGUUUCUUUGCCUUUUCUGUACAGUGUAGUUCACACCUGUAUUAUACACUCAGUUAAGGUUAAAAACCACUCAAAUCUAUUUGCCCUUGCACACUUUGUAAUACUGAUGCAGUUUUGUCCACUCUAGUUAGUAAUCAGUACAUUAGCCUGUGUUAAACAUAUAUGCCGGAAGUAAUGUAUGGCUGGCCAUACAAACUUGUCAGGCUAGGAAAUUAUGUUGGCCAUUCCCCCAAUACUGACCUGUUUUCAGUGUUCUAAAUUGAUGUGUUUGUGUGUGUGUACAUGUUUAUACUACAUUGUGGGGUAAAUUGAUAGUAAAACCUGAGAUCACGUACCUUAUGUGGCCCAUACAGCGGUCCCCAUGAGGGAAAUGGCUCAUUAAACAUAUUUAACUAAAGGAAAUUGAAAAUCAAAAAGGUUUCUGUGAGGGUUAGGUUUAGGGGUAGGGGAUAGAAAUUAUAAUUAGAUCUGUAUAAAAUCCAUAAAAAGCAUGGAAGUCUAUGGAGAGUCCUCACAAUGAUAUAAAAACAAGUGUGUGGGGUGGGGGGGCUGAAGUGGGAAAUGGUUCACAUGCAUGUUCCAGCUGGACUGGUGAACAAGACAAAUAUACAGCUGACUUUCUUUCUCUUUCACUUUCUUUCUCCCUAAUGUUCUACAAUUCCCAAUUUGUUUCUCCCUGUGUGUCUGCCUUUCUUUUUCUCUGUCAGUAUUUUUGUCUCUGUGUGUCACUGUUUAAAUUACUGUGCUGAAGGUUCAUGUGACAUUGAGUUUCAACUAUGACAGCACUGCAUUGUCGCUAUUAACAUACAGCUUGAUGCAGAUGAAUGUUUAACAGUAAAGUGAAGUUAUUUAUAUAGUAUUCUCUUGAUAGGGUCUUUUCAGUAUCACAAUCUGUUAGUUACAAUCCAGAAAUACACUAAGUGCAUUGUGUGGCUUAUAGCUAAGUGGCACUGAGAAAAGACUAUCUUUUAUCUAGCAGUCGUCCUGUAUACACGUUACAGUGCAUAGCUGUGAAAAUUAAUAGUUUGUAGGGUUAGAUCAGACACUGGCUCAUAGUCAUGCGACUGUCCUUGGUAACCUCUGUAUUUCUGGCCAUUACCUAGUGAGGGUUUUCCAUUUAGUGUUUGUAUCAUGUCCAGUGUAUUGCUUGUUUGUUAUCUAGUUCGCUAGCCAUGUUCUUAACCGUAGAAAGGAAUCUUUCUCAGUUGAUCUGAGAGCAUUCAGUAGAUUUAAAAAAAAACUGACGUUGUGAGCUCUGCACACAUUUUGUUGUCACUUGAGAGAAAAGUGCAAUGUAGGCCUGUUCUUUUGCAAAAGCCCAUUUUAUUGAAUACAUUCAGGGAAAUUAGCCCUAAACGUAUCAUUCUGUCUAGUGCCUUCAAAUUUCAUGCAUUUUCAACUAAGAUUAAUUCUUAAUCCGAGUCUGUGGCAUGAGCCCAGCUGCUUUACUGCAGGAUUUUAAAACAAUAGCUGUUAUUUUAGUACUCCUGAAAAUGCCAAAUAACACUAUUUUUGAAAGGGCAAAAUAAAUGACUGUCCAAUAAAGCCUAGUGUUCUGGAUGUUUCCACUUAGCUAGUGUAAAGGGAUUCUCUGAAGACACUGAAAAACAGAUCUAAUUGUUUUCAUUGUUUACUCUUUGCACCUCUUUUGUCUACUUUGAUAUAUAAAAUUUAUUAGCAACUUCUUUUAACUCUUUGUUUUUCUUCUUUUUUUUUUUUUGCAUUUUCAAACCAGCAGGCUGGUUCAUUGGCAUCUUUGUUCUUUCAGGAGGGAUUUUUUGAAACCUUGUUGUUGAAUAAUUAUAUAAUGUCUAACAUUGUGAUGGCAUGCAAACAUUAUCUAUGAUUGUUAUUGUCUUUCUCUACACUCUCUUAAAAACACUUUUAUAAUGUUAAAGUUUUUUUUUCCGCAAUUGAGUGUAAUCUGUGAUUUUUCUAAUGCGGAGGAGUAAAUACAGUAUACUUGAUUUAAGGGACAAUGUAAUUUAAAGUUAUAUGUACAUUUCAGCAAUCUGGAGCUUACAUUUUUUUUUUUAUUUAAGUGUGUGCUACACUUCAAUCUGCACACAAAAUUUAGCAAACAUUUUUAUUUAAAAUAUAUUUUAAAUGUUUUGAUAUAUAUAUAUAUUUAAAAGAAACACCACACAGAGCAUCACAGACAUAAAAAUACUGAAACCUCAGGUGAUCUACAGUGUGCGUGCAUGUGUGUGCGUGCAUGUGAGAUAUAGAUAGAUAGAUAGAUAGAUAGAUAGAUAUAAGUACUGUGUAAAAGUUUUAGGCUCUUGAGAAAAAUGUUGCAUAGUGAGGAUGUCUUCAAAAAUAAUGACAAAUAGUUUUCAUUGAUCAAUUAAUGUCAUACAAAUUCCAGUAAACAUAAAAAAAGCUAAAUCAAUAUUUGGUGUGACCAUCUUUGCCUUUAAAACAGCACCAAUUCUCCUAGGGACACCUGGACACAGUUUUUCUUGGUUGUUGACAGAUAGGAUUUUCCAAGCUUCUUGGAGAAUUCACCACAGUUCUUCUUUCUAUUUAGGCUGUCUCUUUAUGUAAUCUCAGACUGACACGAUGUUCAGUGGGGGGCAAUGGCAUCUGUUGCAGGGCUCCUUGUUCUUCUUUUCUAUUUGCAAAGUAAUGUUUGGGAGUCUAACAUUUAUAUUUCCUAUUGACACACUAAAGCUAAAGAUAAAUAACCAUCUUAAGACAAAUGUUUUUGUGAAACAUCUUCAGUGCCUAAAACUUUUGCACAGUUGUGCGUACGUGUGUAUGUAUAUAUAUGUAUUGUGUGUGUGUGUGCGUGUGUGUGCGUGUGUGUGUGUGUGUGUGUGUGUGUGUGUGUGUGUGUGUGUGUAUGCGUUCACUACAGCAGCACUUAAGUAACUAAUGGCACACAUUUUUCAGAAUGUUGAUCAUUGUUUCUCCUUUUGCCUUUGUGAAGUUUGCAAGCGAUGCACUUAAGUCUCACAGAAAGACUUCAGCAUCCAUAUUAAUUACAACAAAAUGGAAAAACAAAAUUCUGGAGAUUUCUUUCAAAAUGUUUGACAUAAAUUAAUUUACCACUAAAGUACUAUGGAAAUUAAUGUAUUUUUCUGAUAUCGUGACAAAUAUUUAUAUUUUAAGAUCACACAUGAGCAAUGUGAUAUUGCUCUAAAGUUUUGUUGGUCUCAUGUUUGGUUUAGGGCAUGGAGUGGAAAACUGAAUUUCAUUGGACCUAAACUAUAUUCUACACUCAAUGUGAAUGUUUAUUUAAUGUAACUGGCAGGGGAAGUUAUCUAUAUAUGUUAUUUUGG